UGGAGUCACAAACCAGCGCGGGCUGACGUCACAGCCCCGGUGACCGGGGACUUCCGGUCAAAGUGUAAACAAGAUGGAGGUCAGGAGGUGGGGGGAGUGGAGCCCGCUCUGGUUCUGUGUGUUUACAGUGUUGUUGUUUGCCUUAGAGUCCGCGUCGGAGCCGGGCAAAUGGAGCCUCGACAUAGCCGGGAACCAGUCACAGACAAGAUUUCCACUGCGAAAGACUUUGUUUAACAAUUCUUACAUUAAACUGAAAUUGGCAAAAGUGAACUGCGACACUCCAGUUAAUCUGAGCAUUGCAUGGUAUUUGAGGAGUUCCCAUUGUUAUGAUGAAUUCUUUUCAGUGGAUGAUGACAUGGCAGCAAAAUAUUUUGGCACUUCGAUCGAGCAGGAGAAAGGUGGAAGUGGUAAUUACAUACUACAUCAGUACAGUUCCAUUGAAUGUCGAAAGAACAAAACUAUUGGACGGCUGCAAGUAAAUUACUAUGACCAACCACAGCCAUUGAAAAAUGAGACUCCGGACAUUGAACCCCAUCCUGAGCCCAAUCCCAAACCAAUAUCUAAAAGAAAGGUGGACAACGAGAAGAAAGAAAACAGACAACCAGUGAAUGAAGAGGGAAAAGUAAAUAAGACCACAAGUGUAAAUAAAGAUAUGGUUUUAACGGACUCGGUAGCAAGGACCUGGGAGGAUGCACCAUACCUUUUCAUCAUUGAGGUCAAAAAGCCGGUGGUUAGCUCUCCUGAAAACAGAAAUUGGAAUCUAAUUUUAGAAGUGGAAAUGGUGGGACCCUAUGGAUACAUUUCUGCCUCACAAUGGCCACUAAUGAUUUUUUACAUGGUGAUGUGUAUCAUCUACGUGCUCUACUGUAUGGUUUGGCUCCUCCUUUUAGCCUGUUACUGGAAGGAUUUGCUCCGGAUCCAGUUCUGGAUUGGAGGGGUCAUCCUGCUAGGAAUGUUGGAAAAAGCAGUCUUCUAUGCAGAAUUCCAAAGUAUCUCUCGGCUGGGUGUAUCAGUUCAUGGGGCGGUGGUCUUUGCAGAGUUGUUGUCAGCUGUAAAGCGCACCCUCGCUCGGAUCCUAGUCAUUAUCGCUGCACUUGGAUACGGAAUUGUCAAACCUCGGUUAGGAGCCACUUCAAAUCAAGUCGUUGGCAUCGGCCUGCUGUACUUGCUGUUCUCAUCAGUAGAGGGAGUCCUGAGAGUAACAGUGGAGCAUUCUUCAGCAGCCAUGACCAUCUGUGAGAUUUCUCUUGCAUUAAUAGACUCCUGUAUUGUUUGGUGGAUCUUCGUUAGCCUGUCUCAGACAAUGAAGCAGCUGAAACUCCGAAGAACUCUGGUGAAACUCUCGCUAUACCGGCACUUCACAAACACGUUAAUAUUUGCUGUUUUUGCUUCAGUGAUUUUUGUCAUCUGGGUGACAAUGACAUUCAGGCUUGCAAACUGUCAGUCGGACUGGCGGGAAAUGUGGAUAGAGGAUGCAUUUUGGCGGUUUCUUUUCUCUGUUUUGCUGCUUGUAAUAAUGUUCUUGUGGAGGCCGUCUGCAAAUAACCAGAGAUAUGCUUACUCUCCAUUGGUAGAUGACAUUGAUGAGGAAGAGGAACAGUUGAUUAGUGAAGCUUUUGAGGGAAUGAAGAUAAGAACAAUAAAAUCAGACUCUAAUGGUACAGUCAAAUCCAACAGAACGGAUGAAGACCUCAAAUGGGUUGAAGAGAAUAUCCCAUCCUCAUUAACUGAUGUUACACUACCAACCCUAUUGGAUUCAGAUGAGGAAAUAAUGACAACCAAGUUUGAAAUCUCCAAAAUGGAAUAAUUGAUUGGAAGUAUGUUACAGGCAGAGCAUUACUUAGCAAUAUGAAAACUCUAAUGGAGAGGAUGUGACAUUUGGACACUUUUAUAAAAUGCAGAUAAAAAUGAAAGAAUGUACAAAACAUUCUCCAUGAUGUGACUUUUUGCAAUAGUGUAACAACUUUUUUACUUUAGAUGCUCUCAUCUGUUCACAUUAUGGAAUGAACAUUUUAAAUCUACUUUUUAUUUUAUUAGUUUAAAUCCCCUCAAGGUUGUGAGAUUGUUUGAAUUCUACAAAGUGCCACCAGCAGAGUGGAAAGGCAAAGGGGAUUGUUUUUGUUGGGAAGGACAAGAUUCGAAGUAGAACUAAGCAAAGCAGUUGGGAUGCCAGUUAAGGAACACUUGGGCAAUGUAAAAUAAACGGCACAUACAAAGAAGGGUUGUUGGGCUGAAUAUUUGUAACUUAUACAUCCAUGUCUGAAUUCAAUAUAAUCACAAAUUCUUUCCAUUUUGAAAUUUCCCUAAAUGGGUUUAAGGUAGGCAGCCAUGAAUGUGUGUCACUUACAAAUGUAAUAUUUAAGAUCAUGCUCUCAGUUUUAACUGCACAGUCCAGUUUAUAUUUUCAUUUCCUCCCCUUAUUACAGACCCUCCAGGGGCACUUGUGGGAAAACGUUGUAGAUAAGAAGUUCUUUCCCAGCUCGCCUUAGAAAUCUGAGUGUGCAACUGGUUGUUUUGGUGCUUUGAUUUUCCAACCCAGCUCUGAGUUGGGAAAGGUGAGAGUUGGCAAGGAUUCUGACCACAUUCUCUGUUGUCGAGUCCAGGAGCAGGCCCACUGGGUUGGCCAUAGAUUUAUAGCUGAAUAGUGGGCCACACACUAUAAAUGAUAACAAUGAGAUGAGCCUCAAAUAUUCCAUUUGGAUCUGUCAUCCUUUAUCCCCCUAAAUUUUCAUUUAUUUUUAAAUAGAGGUUCAAUACAACAAAGGUCAUUAUAACCUUACAUGUAAAGUUAUUCACUGCUUUGUUUAAAACUAGCUCUAAAUUAUUGUAAAAGGCUUUUUAGGUCACACAAGAUUUUAAAGAACUGCACUAGUUGUCCAACAGCAGUUAUGAUUCGGAUUGGUUCAAGUCUUGAAGCUUAGAACCUUGAAUUGUAAACACGUCCCUUAUAGGGAUCUGUAGUUUAGCUUGGCUAGCUGACAUACUUUAGCCUGGUUUUUUCCAAACAACCUCUAGUUUGUCCCUAGUCAGAUUUGUCAAAAUGCUUCUUGUUCUCUAGCUAGAUGCUAUGAAGACUUGUCAAUAGGGUUGAUAGUACAACUCUUGCAUACCUGCUUGUACCAACCUGAAGGUGACUUCUGCUUGACUUUGAAUCUUAAAGCCUGGUCUUGUUCUGGAUUGGACCUAGUUUGGUCCGGUCCUUACUAAAAUUGAUGUGGUUCCGCAGUUGACACCAUGAUCCUAACUCCACAACUCUGUAUAUGUUGCUUACCGAAUGUUGACAUUAAGAUGUGUGGUGCAUUCUUAAAAUCUUUGAUUCUGCUCUGUAAAGGUAUGAUAAGCAGAUAUAUACUGCAUCUAUGGAUAUCAAUCAAUAAAUCAUAUUUGGUAAAAAGGCUUUUUAAAGAAACUGCA